CCCCUGGCUGUGCCCCAGGUGAGGCGCGGCGGCGGUGGAGAUGGCGACUCUGACGGAUGUUCAGCGGCUACAAGCCCGAGUGGAGGAGCUGGAGCGCUGGGUGUACGGGCCUGGCGGGGCGCGCGGCUCGCGGAAGGUGGCUGAUGGCCUGGUCAAGGUGCAGGUGGCCUUGGGAAACAUUGCCAGCAAGAGGGAGAGGGUGAAGGUCCUAUACAAAAAGAUUGAAGACCUGAUCAAGUACCUGGAUCCUGAGUACAUUGACCGCAUUGCCAUACCUGAUGCCUCUAAGCUGCAGUUCAUCUUGGCAGAGGAGCAGUUUAUCCUCGCCCAGGUUGCACUCCUGGAGCAGGUGGACGCCUUGGUUCCCAUGCUGGACAGUGCUCACAUCAAAGCCGUUCCGGAGCACGCCGCCCGCCUGCAGCGCUUGGCCCAGAUCCACAUCCAGCAGCAGGACCAAUGUAUGGAGAUCACCGAGGAGUCCAAAGCUCUCCUGGAAGAAUACAACAAGACUACAAUGCUUCUCUCCAAGCAGUUCGUGCAGUGGGAUGAGCUGCUUUGCCAGCUGGAGGCUGCCAAGCAAGUGAAGCCCGCAGAGGAAUGAUGGCUGCUCCCCCUCCCAGGGUGGGCCAGGGCCCCCGGGCUCCAGGCUCCAAUGCCAACCUGUCUUUGUGACAAGGCAGAGGCCACUUUGUAUUUAUUGGAUUCUAGGGCCAUUUGUCUGCACUUAGAGGUCAGGUUACCUGAGAUUCCUGAUUGACCGUCCCACCAUCAGUUUUCUGUACAGUGUAACAAUAAAGGUCUGAGGAGGAGUGUGUGCUUCCCAGGCUAGGAUGGGC